ACCUCUUUCCCGGCUGGAACCAUGGAGGGUGCAGAAGAGAAGAAAAAGAAGGUUCCUGCUGUGCCAGAAACCCUUAAGAAAAAGCGAAAGAAUUUCGCAGAGCUUAAGAUCAAGCGCCUGAGAAAGAAGUUUGCCCAAAAGAUGCUUCGAAAGGCAAGGAGGAAGCUUAUUUAUGAAAAAGCUAAGCAUUACCACAAGGAAUACAGGCAGAUGUACAGAACCGAAAUUCGAAUGGCUCGUAUGGCACGGAAAGCUGGCAACUUCUAUGUACCCGCGGAACCCAAAUUGGCAUUUGUCAUCAGGAUCAGAGGUAUCAACGGUGUGAGCCCAAAGGUUCGAAAGGUGCUGCAGCUCCUUCGCCUCCGGCAGAUCUUCAAUGGCACCUUUGUGAAGCUCAACAAGGCAUCAAUUAACAUGCUGAGAAUUGUGGAGCCAUACAUUGCAUGGGGGUACCCAAAUCUGAAGUCUGUAAAUGAAUUGAUCUACAAGCGUGGUUAUGGCAAAAUCAACAAAAAGCGAAUUGCCCUGACAGACAACGCAUUGAUUGCUCGAUCUCUUGGGAAAUACGGAAUCAUCUGCAUGGAGGAUCUGAUUCAUGAGAUCUAUACCGUUGGAAAACGUUUCAAAGAAGCAAACAACUUCCUGUGGCCCUUUAAAUUGUCUUCUCCACGAGGUGGAAUGAAGAAAAAGACCACCCAUUUUGUAGAAGGUGGAGAUGCUGGCAACAGGGAAGACCAGAUCAACAGGCUUAUUAGAAGGAUGAACUAAGGUAUCUACCAGGAUUAUUUUUGUAAUCUGGUCCGUUAAUAAACAAUUGAAACAAAUUGAAAAAA